AUGCAGGGAGCAAAGUGGGUCAACUAUUCGUUUAUACUCCUAAAGCGAACUAAUCGCCGUGGAUUUGAUCUCGACACUUUGUGCAAGCAGUUUGAAAGAAAAGCUGUGUUGGAUUUAUCCAUCUGUGAGGAACAGGAUCUUGUUUUCUGCGUUUCUGACGGUCAAAUGGCCGCACAUUAUCUAAAAGACCGACAUUUUCCCGUUGUAUCAAUUCUUCACAAGAUCAAGCCUGUUACUGGGUUUGCUACGUGGAUCCCAGAGGAUGGCGAUGAUAUGCACAUAUUUGUUUCCUCUAAAAAGAGGCUCUACUUGUUCAAAUGGUUCGAGAAGGACUUUCAAGAUGUCCGCUUCGAAUGUAAUCAGUCGUUUGCAGACAAACCGAAUACCAUGAGAAUAAUUGGUAACACUCUUGUGAUGAGUUGUGGUCGCGAAUAUUUACUUGUCAAACUCACAAAGACGACUAGCGAAGACGGAGAGUCUUGGACGGGCGAUUGUCGUCGUCUCUUCGAUGUUAGUGAUAAUCCAUCGAUAAUCGUGAUGAGGGAUCGCGAUCUUCUAGGAUUCUCACAUGGCGACACACUCAUACUGACCAAUUUGGAGGGGCAAAAGACUCCAUUAGCCGAUGUGCGCUUCAGCGACGUUCCCUGUGAUAUAUAUUAUAACCACUUCAAUACGCAGUUUCUAUACGAUGCACCGUAUGUCGUUGGAUUAUUGCCAAAAGGACGAGUAGAAGUACGAUCGUUGAAUCCUCCUCAUCUUAUUCAGAGUAUGGCAUUAAGCAAAGCCUCUCUUCUAUGUGUUGGGAAUCCGGUUUUGCAACAUCUUACCAGUACUUUCAGUGGCUACGUGUUUAUCAGCAGCCCAUUUGAUGUCUGGAUGCUAGAUGCUCAUGUGAACAUCCGCAAGAAUGUGUCUACACUCAUUUCCGAUAAACAAUUUGAACUAGCCAUUCAAGUUGUGACGUCAUCAACAGCAUUAUCGCGGAUGUUUCCUGGAGUUUUUUGGCCGGAAAAUUGGCGGUUCGCUCGAUUUAUCAAGCCAACUCCAGAAUUCAGUCAGCAUGUAAGGAUCGACCCAAAGCCAUCGACAGUCAAUCCCGAAGCAUCUCAAAAGCCUUCACGAAUUUCUCUUCAAGUUGUCGACACCGCUCUUCUGAAAUGUUACCUACAGGCAAGCCUAAAAUUAGUUUAUUGUGACCGUUCUACUGCCGACAUAACUCAGACUCGCACUUUACUCUUUCAGACAAGGCCUUCACUUGUGGAUUCGUUGCUCCGCCUUCAUAACAAUUCGUGCUUUUUCGAGGAUGCCGAAUCUAUCCUGCUUAAUGAGAAUCGUCUGCCUUCGUUGUUCAUAUUGUACGAGUCGCGGAAAAAGCACGAAAUGGCCUUGGAGCUACUUCACAAACAAUUCUUGGACCCAGAUGCGGACCCGUUCUUCCACGAUUUGGACCGGACUGUGGGAUAUCUGCAGACUUUAGGGAAUACCCACUUAGAACUCAUAUUCAAGUAUGCACGAUGGGUGCUUGAUAAAGAUAUGGCUAGUGGCCUUGAGAUAUUCAUCGGUGAGGAGUCUGAUGUGGCACGAAAUCUUGAUCGGCAAGCCGUUCUAGCUUUUCUACGAUCGCAUUGUGUUGCUGCUGUUAUUCCAUAUUUGGAACACAUAAUAUACAAAUGGGAUGAAACUCGCCCAAAGUUCCAUGACACACUCGUAGAACACUACAUUAUCAACUUGAAGUUGCUCCAGCAGGACUAUGAACACGCUUUUCCAGAUGAGGAAAACAUUUCUCGUGCUGGAGACGAGGGUGGCGAACUGGGCGAGAUGCGGCGUCGACUGAUAAAGUUUCUGCGAUUUUCGUUAUACUUCAGUCCUCAAGCUGUUCUUCUACAACUCAGUAACUCAGGUAAGCUGCAGUUCUGA